AAUUUCACAAUGAAAAUUUCGAUUACCCCUAUUCCCGAACUGACCAAACCCUUCCGUUUUGCAUUUAACAAAAAACACAUUUCACUUAAGUAAUGUGAUAAUUACAGUCAAAAGCGAUAAUGUUUCAACAAUAAUAACAUUGAGUGUUAUUGUACUCUACUAAUCUACAUUUCCGGGCAGAAGUUUCAAUUAUUAGCUGAUAACAAAUGUCAAAAUAAAGUUUCUUAUCAUAUGUUAUGAAUGCACUGUAGAGCACCCAGUCUCGAGUAAAAAUAAAUAAGAUGCUCUUAACUUUAAGUAGCAGAACACAUUACUUUACAAAAAUUAGACCUGUAAAAUUCCAUAAUGCUUUCUUAUCCACUGCUGUUCCUAAGGAAGAAAAAGUUAAAGUAGGCAACUAUAAUAUAAAUUAUGUUCGAGUGGGGAAUGGUCCACAUCAUGUAUUUUGUAUGCCGGGCGCACUGGGAACAAUAUGGACUGAUUUCAAACCUCAAAUAGAAGGAUUGAAUAGAGAAAAAUUUACGAUAUUAGCAUGGGACCCUGUGGGUUACGGCAAAAGUAGACCUCCAGAAAAGGAAUUUACUCCUGAUUUUUAUGAAAAAGAUGCAGAUGUUGCCGCUGAGCUUCUUAAGCAACUGAAUAUACCAAAGUCUUCGAUAUUAGGAUGGAGUGAUGGUGGAAUAAGUGGCAUGAUUUUAGCUGCAAAAUACCCAAGUGUGGUGAAUAAACUUGUGAUAUGGGGAAGCAAUUCAUUUAUGUUGCCAAAUGAGGUUGAAGCAUUAAAAAAGAUUAGAGAUGUUAAAACAUGGUCAGCUAAGAUGCGUGAACCGAUGAUAGAAGCCUAUGGAGAGGAGAAGUUUGCAGAGUACUGGGCAAGAUGGGUAGAUGGUAUGGUGGCCAUAGGUCAAACUCAAGAUGGAAACAUUUGCAAUGAGAUCAUAAAAGACAUUAGCUGUCCCACAUUUAUAUUGCACGGGGGAAAGGAUCCUCUAGUUGACAAUGUACAUGUAUCAUAUCUUCAUACGCGUAUAGAAGGAUCUAGAAUCCAUUUAUAUCCAGACGGAAAGCAUAAUAUUCACAUUCGUUAUGCUGAAGAUUUUAAUAAGAAGAUUCAAGAAUUUUUACUAUUACCAAAUUGACCUUGCAUAACUUUUUAUUUAUUGUAAUUUAAAAAGGUGAGGUGAUAACUUUAAUUCAAAAAUUAAAAAACUUA